AUGACUCAUUGAAACAUCUUAUGUGCUGAUAGAGAGAGCCGCAGUUUUUUUUUCUCCCCCAUCACACACACGCACGCACACGCGCGCGCACAGGACGUUGGCUGUAGCAGGGCUGCCUUUCAGUGCAUCGGGACUUCUGUACUUUGGAUUUGCAGAUUUGCAGCACAUGAGGCUGUCUGCCUUGGCUGGCUGGACGUGCACUUAAGGCUAUUUGGGUUUUGUUUUUCCUGCUGUGUUUUUCUGGGACUUACAUAAAGAGUGGGACGGCUGGAGAUACAGGCUGAGAGGCAAAGUAGGCUACCAAAAAAAAAGGGUUGGGAAUUCCAGGUCCAAAAGUUGACCAAGAAAACAGAACUCAACUUGAAUGUAUGUUGCGUAAAAAGUUAUAAGGAGGGUUGGAUUACCAACUGCCCCAGACCCUCAUGGGAUCCAAAGGCUCCAGCUCCACCAUGCAGUUAGUUAGUGGAUAUCCCAUCAAGCUGGAGCCCAGGUAACCAAAGAGCAUGCAAGGCUCUCUUCUGUUUUUCGGGACGGGAAGGAGUCAUACAGCCACCGCUGCCGCCCAUCUCCACGCCGGCUCUCAGAAUGGGGAGCACUGACAAAGCUGCUGUGUUCGGCCGGGGUUUCUUCUCUCAGUGCGCCGCCUGAGGACGAGCAGGAAGUAUCUCGGUCGAGGGGUUAAGGGGGAGGGCACCGAGGACCCCGACGGUGGACCGUAACAACGACCUGCCAGGCUCAGGCUUCGGAUAAACGCAGCGGGAAUAUGUCCGUGCUCGGAGGCCCUUCAUGGAUGUGUCGCCUUCUUCUUUGGACGGGGCUGGCCUCCAUCUGUUACGCCCAGCAGCACCCCAUAGUCACUACCAAUUAUGGGAAAUUGCGCGGAGUAAAGGUUACAUUACCAAAUGAGAUCCUGGGACCGGUGGAACAGUACUUGGGGAUCCCGUACGCGCUGGCCCCAACGGGGGAGCGGCGGUUCCAGCCGCCGGAGCCGCCAAUGUCCUGGCCGGGAAUCAGGAAUGCUACUCAGUUUGCACCAGUUUGUCCUCAGUUCUUAGAGGACCGGUUUUUGCUCAAUGAUAUGCUCCCCGUUUGGUUCACCGCCAACUUGGAUACCGUGGUAACCUACGUGCAGGAGCAGAGCGAGGACUGCCUUUACCUGAACAUCUACGUCCCCACGGAAGACGGGGCCAACUCAAACACGCACGGUGCAGAUUUCAACAGUAAUGAUGGUGGCGCUGAUAAAGAUAUCCACGAUGAGAACGGGUUAAAGCCAGUCAUGGUUUACAUCCACGGAGGUUCCUACAUGGAGGGAACGGGCAAUAUGAUUGACGGCAGCAUCCUGGCCAGCUACGGGAACGUCAUUGUCAUCACAAUCAACUACCGGCUCGGCGUUCUGGGGUUUCUAAGCACAGGAGACCAGGCAGCCAAGGGCAACUACGGCCUGCUGGAUCAGAUACACGCUCUACGCUGGAUCAAAGAAAACAUCCAGGCUUUCAAAGGAGAUCCCAAGAGAGUGACCAUAUUUGGCUCGGGGGCCGGAGCAUCGUGCGUCAGCCUGCUCACCCUCUCACAUUACUCAGAAGAUCUGUUCCAGAAAGCCAUCAUCCAGAGCGGCACGGCGCUGUCCAGCUGGGCGGUCAACUACCAGCCCGCCAAGUACACGCGGGCCCUGGCAGAGAAGGUGGGCUGCAACAUGUUGGACACCAUCGACCUGGUGGAGUGUCUGCAGAACAAGAACUACAAGGAGCUGAUCGAGCAGUACAUCACACCUGCAAAGUACCACAUCGCCUUCGGGCCUGUGAUUGACGGUGACGUAAUCCCAGACGACCCCCAAAUCCUAAUGGAGCAAGGCGAGUUCCUCAACUACGACAUCAUGCUGGGGGUCAAUCAGGGCGAGGGGUUUAAAUUUGUGGACGGCAUCGUGGACAGCGAGGACGGCGUGUCUGCCAAUGAUUUUGACUUUGCCGUGUCGGACUUUGUGGAUCAUCUUUACGGCUACCCGGAGGGCAAGGACACUCUGCGCGAGACAAUUAAAUUCAUGUACACGGACUGGGCGGACAAGGAGAACCCAGAGACCCGGCGCAAGACUCUGGUGGCUCUGUUCACCGAUCACCAGUGGGUGGCGCCGGCGGUGGCCACGGCGGACCUGCACGCUCAGUACGGCUCACCAACUUACUUCUACGCCUUCUACCACCACUGUCAGAGCGACAUGAAGCCCAGCUGGGCCGACUCGGCGCACGGCGAUGAAGUACCUUACGUCUUUGGGAUCCCCAUGAUCGGCCCCACAGAUCUUUUCAACUGCAACUUUUCGAAGAACGACGUGAUGCUGAGUGCUGUCGUCAUGACCUACUGGACGAACUUUGCUAAAACAGGGGAUCCAAAUCAACCGGUCCCGCAGGACACAAAGUUCAUCCACACCAAACCCAACCGCUUCGAGGAGGUGGCCUGGACCAAGUACAACCCCAAAGACCAGCUGUACCUUCACAUCGGCCUCAAACCGCGAGUGCGGGACCACUACCGCGCAACCAAGGUGGCAUUCUGGUUGGAACUGGUUCCGCAUCUGCACAACAUCAACGAAUUCUUCCAAUACGUGUCCACCACGACCAAAAUCCCUCCGCAGGACACCACCCCGUACCCUUACACCAAACGCUUCCCGGGCAAAAACAACUGGCCGUCCACCACACGGCACCCGGGGGUCCCGCCCACAAACACCAAACAAACCACUGACCAGCGAAAGAGCGGUGAUUUGACCGACGAGUCGACCGUUGUUAUAGAAACCAAGCGGGACUACUCUACAGAGCUGAGCGUCACCAUCGCAGUCGGAGCCUCGCUGCUGUUUCUCAACAUCCUGGCCUUUGCCGCGCUCUACUACAAGAAAGACAAGCGGCGACACGAAACCAACCGGCGCAUCCCGACGCCGCAGCGCAACUUGGCGCCAACCAACACGCCUUCCACCACCAACGCCAAUGCCAACGACGUGGCCCACCUGCAGAGUGAGGAGCUGAUGUCUCUGCAGAUGAAGCAGCAGCAGCUGGAGCACGAGCACCACCACGAGUGUGAGUCGCUGCAGAGCCACGAUGCGCUGCGCCUCGCCUGCCCUCCUGACUACACGCUGACGCUGCGCCGCUCGCCCGACGACAUACCGCUGAUGGCGCCCAGCACCAUCACCAUGAUCCCCAACGCGCUGGCUGGCAUGCAGCCUCUGCACAACUUCAAUGCUUUCGGGGGCAGCCAGAACAGUACCAACUUACCCCACGGCCACUCCACCACGCGGGUAUAGCUUCGCUGGCAGGGGCGCAGCGGCGGUGGGGGGGAUCAGCCCAGAAUGUUUUUUCCAAAGCCCUGACACCUAGAGUUUUAAGAUAACUUCAACUUUGUGUAACUUUUCCUCAGUCUCUCGGACUGGAUCGGCAAAAUCAAUGCAGAAAAAGUUCAGCAUUCAUUCUGUGAACUCUUCUAAAAAUAGGUUUCAAGAUUGGUAAUGUUGUUUAUGCUAAAUUCCUACCCUACCGACGAUAUGUAGCCUUAACAAAUGGUAACAUCAGACAAUUCUUGCCCCUUUUUAGAUGGCAGGAGUGAAAAAUGUGUCAUCCUGCAACCUGUUCUCACUCCCAACUCUUUAAAUACUCGUCAACAUUGGUCAGUGGCUCUCAGCGUCAGAUACCGACGCAAAAACCCUUUAGCGUCUAAUCUUAACCCUGACUCCUUUAAUCUGUUUUCACCGUAAACCCUUUUCUUUCCUUUACUGCCAAGGGUCAAAAAGACAAAGCGUGUUAAAAAAUGACGGCAAAGACUUACCCAGAAUGUCAAAUAUCAGAUGGGAUUACGUUUGAAUUAGCUGAAAGACCCCUGUGUCUGACUGAGACGCUAAAGCAAACUUUUUGCGUCAGUAACUAACUAACGCCAAAGGACCCUGACCAAGCGUCAUUUUUUUGUGCUGGGAGAGAGACUGUGUUGCAUCCUCAACAUUGGUUUUUUUCUGAUUUCAGAAUGAUGAAGACAGUUGGCGAACAAUUAGAUACAAAACAGGACAUAGGCUCGACAGGAUGAACGUUUUCCUCGGCUAACUAUCUUACAAUCUGGUUUUCUGUAUGAUGUACAGACUUUUAGGCAUUUAUUUAUCAAAUUUCUUGAAAAAUAGUGCACAUAUCUGCCGUAACUGGGGAAAAUCUACCCCACCCUAGGUUUUCGGCCGAGCCCCCAAUGUUUUGUUGGCUGAGUCCCCAAUGUUUACAACAUCUGGCUCCGCCCCUGUCCACUGGAUGGCGCUGCGUGUCCUUUUCGAUGUAACCUCGCAAAGGAAAUAUGAGUGACUGACUGUGGGGAAGCACAGACUUAGCAGAUGCUAUUUUGCUACCAUGCCUUCUUGAAAAGCAUAUAUAAACUGAUCCUGAACUUAUUCAAAGUGAAUGUUACCAUAGUAAUAACUCUACUUGGAGCCAAGCUUCAUUGAAGGUUUGUCGAGGAGUUUUACCAAAAGAAAAAGGCGAACAGGGGAUGACUAUUAAUAUUCUUAAAAUAUGAUAUGAACAGUUUCAGUGUGACUUUUUUGUGAGAGAGGCUUUUGUGCCAUAAAUACACAACAGGAAGAACUGUUGUUGAAAAGCAACAAUUGACCGUCUGAAACAAUCUUCAUGCUUCAGACUCCUGACUUGGGCACAGAAUUCUACACCCCAGCCUGAAAUGUAUUUAUGAAAACUUUGUUUAAAAAAAAAAAAAAAAAAAAAAAAAAGGUAUAUAGUUGUGCGUGGAAAUUAAAAAAUCUAAAAGAGAAAAUUGUAUUAAAAGAGCUUCUUCUUACGGAAGCCCAGAACGGCCGUCCUUGUAAUUAUCUUGUAAUUAUGUUUUUUAAUUCGAGAAAAAUCCAAAGAUUGUUUCCUCUUAUUAGUUCAAAUGUUUAUCAGAGAUCAGAAGUUCAAAUGUGCCAGAUCAAGGGGAGGGUGAUGGACUUUUUAUUUAGUUUGCAUUUUAAAAAAUGUCAAUUUUCAACUUUAUUCUCUGCAUUCUGACUUUAUUCUACAUUGUAUUUCAACUAUAUUCUCAAUAUUUAAUUUUUACUUUUUUGACAUUCAUACAUUUCAACCUUGUUCUCUAAAUGCAAAAAAAACAACUCCCUCCUUUAAUUUUAUUGUUUUUUCUUAUGCUUACGUAUAUUUACACUGAAAGUUCAACUUUACUCUCAACAUUUUGACUUUAUUUCGAAAUGCAAAAAAAGGAUGGAGUCGAGGACAUCUCUGACUACAUACAGAAAAAAAAAGAAGCAUUUUUAUUGCAUCAAUUAAGAGAUUUUCCAAAGUAAAAGUCCGGUCAGCUCCAUCUGGCUGGGCCGUUUGAAUGCAGUUACUGAUAUACAUUAUGAAUAAUAAGAGAAAACUAUCUUUUGUGAUCUUUUGAUGAUAUUAAAAACAUACUUGCAAACACGGCCGGUCUCAGUUUCCAUACCUUCUACAAUUGUUUUUAUUUUGGCCGAGAUCUCUUGGGUUUUAACAGCUUGUGCUUUUAUGUUUAGCUGCGUGUAAAUAUAUCCAAACAGUCUUCUUUUUUUCCUGAUCACAACCUGUGUUUCAUUUUUUUUUUUUCACAAAACGACCAAAAUGCGAACACAAUCCCAUCCUCGGAGAGUUGCACACUGUAGCGCCUGUAGGUCCUAUCACAAACAUCACACCGUACUGUCUCAUGCGGUGUAUUGUUUCCUCAUUUCAGACACUGCACGUCCAGGGAAGAGCUUUACUCUUCAUUUUCAGACACGUCUCCUGUCUUAGAAUGUGGACUGACUUGAUUCCAUCACCUUUUAUCAUCCUGUUACGCUUCCGAUAGUUUUUUUUGUGGGCUUUGUUUCUGUCUUGCUAUCUCAGCACUGCCUGAGCUUACAAUGUGACCAGCAAUGUAUUAUUUAGAAAUAAAAAAGGCAGUGGAUUUUUUGUACCAAUAUUAGUUGGAGAUGUUUGUAAAGAAAUAUAUGUUAAAUAUUUUAAAUUGUCAUACGCUAGCAAUAUGUAAAGUAUUGUGCCAGGCUUGUGAUAUUUUGGGUUACAAAAGCAAGUGAAUGACUGUAAAUAUUAAUAUUAUUAUAAAAUUACAACAAGAGUAACCAUUAAUUCUCUUUUCCGUUUUGCAUCCUAUUACAAAAAGAAAAUGGAAGUACAUCCAGAAGAUUUUAAGCUACAUUUGUAAAUUCUAUAACAGGUUUGUUGUUGCCAUUUGGUCCCUAAACCAGUUAACUUAACAAGGGUUUAAAUGUAGACUUUAAAAAUCCUUAGUUUGUCUUAUUUUUGUUUGCGGUUUUGCCUUAAGUGAUGAUAGAGAUAUUUCUGGCUGGACACCUGUAUA